AUGUCUGCCACGCAAGACGCCGGGCUGCCGCCCAGCUACUAUGCGCACCCGAACCCCUCUCACUUGGACAGCUUUGUCGAAGAUGUCCUCGAUCCGCCCCCUCUAUACGACUGGGCAGUGAUGAUGGGGAACAGAGACCAGCAGGAGGAACAGCAGCCAACUCCACCACGGCAAGAUGUCGACGACCAAGCAACGUCGUCGGUCAUCGCCUCUGAAGCAUCGCAGAGAGCUUUCUCCUAUGGUACCAUUAGUGCUGACAUCAUGGCCGACUUCGACUUUCCUCAACCACCACCAAAGACGACGGCCGCAGUCAGGGACCUCGCGGUAGCAUCUUCGUCGUCUUCUACUCCUCAGAGGGGCUAUCGACCGACAGCGGCAUCCAUUCUAGAUGGCUUUGAUCCUGCGCCUUUCUCUCCCCAAACAACUGGCGGCAGCAACAGCACCGCUGCAAGCACGCCCCCCAUGAUGUCUCCUCCCAUUCGCCCCAGAUCGGCCUCGCUUCUAGGAACAAACAACCCGUACAUCGCCCUCCUCGAGCAGAAGGAGCAGGCGAUGACGGUCGCUUUUCUGCGCACCCAUGACGUCGCCACUGGAUCCCGCUCCACAGAUCUCGCUGCAGACGAUUUCAGUUUCGGUCAGCGCUACCAGAGAGCCGCUGACACGACAGACGUUGUAGUUACGAGGCAAAGGCUACCAGCGAAUGACCUGGGCGGAUCAAGAGAGUGUCCUAUCUGCGCGGAGACUAGAGAGGCUGUUGAUUUCCCGAUCCUUAGCGUUACCUCGAUGUGUACUCACCCGCCAGAGGCAUGCUUGGAAUGUCUCCAAAUGUCAAUCAGAUCAGACUUGAAUAGCAAACUCUGGACCGAUAUCCGAUGUCCCGAGUGUCGAGAGCUCCUCGAAUACGUCGACAUCCAGAAGUACGCAGACGAGGAAACGUUCGCCCGAUAUGAAGCAUUGGCUCUACGCGCAGCCAUGGCUGAAGCUGAGAACUUCAUCUGGUGCACGGCUAACUGCGGCUCCGGUCAGCUUCACGACACGGGCACCGAGCAGCCGAUCGUUUCCUGCCUGCACUGCGGCCAGAGGUCUUGCUUUACUCAUAACGUCACGUGGCAUGAAAACCUGACAUGCGAGGAGUAUGACUCGCUGCUUCGCGAUCCCCAGAACUUUCGAUCGAGGAUUGAAAUGGAGCACGAGCAGAUGGAUGCUGCAAAGCGUAUCCAGGAAGACGCCGACCGCGCCAUGGCUCAGGGUCUCAUGGCUGAACAACAGGCAGAGAUUCAAGAGCAGGAAGCACGAGAGCGAGCCGAGCGAGAGAGGGCAUUAAGAGCCACGGCACUGGCACGAAAAGUCGCGGCCCGGCGCAAAGAAGAAGAGGACCAAAGCAAGGUCACUGUGAGUAGGACGACGAAGCCUUGCCCCGGUUGUGGGUGGGCGAUAGAAAAGAACGCAGGAUGUUCGCACAUGACUUGCAUCAAGUGCCGCUUCCAGUUCUGCUGGGGAUGCUACACCGUCUGGCAGCGCGGCCACAACGUCCGAUGUCGUGGCUUUGCGACUAUUUGA